UGAACAUUCUAAAACAGGGAAAUUUUCACAAUUACGCAAAUUUGUUCAAAUAUCGAUUAGUUUUUUAAAAAAAAACACAAUACAUAGCUUUUUUCUGAAAAAAAAAGGUUAAAAGUCAGAGUAAAAUUGAAGAAAAAUGGCAAUUUCUAAUCACGAUAAAGGUGAAACGGAUCAAACGUUUUCAUCCACUUUUUCGACGUCAAAUAUGAACUUUUCACUUGAAAACAAUUCAAAAGGUGCUAAUAAAAUUCGUGAAAUAGUACCAGUCGUUCCAAUAACUGAAAAACAAAAUGAGAAUGCAAACGCAUGGUACUCAAAAUUUGAUACUGCCUGGUAUUUUUCAACUGUAAAUGACAGUAAGCCCAUUGUCAAAGUCCUUGAAAAAAAAGUGAUUGAUUCAGAAAGAUCAAAAACAAACAAGAUUUCUAAACCUGAGCAAAACGAUGUCGGAAUAAAAAAUAAAAUGGAUAUGAAAACAAAAUUAAAUGAAUCACCAAAAGAGCCGAAACGAUUCAAACGAUCUAAACGAGGACGGUAUUUAUUUUCUAAUGACGUUAGUGACGAAUUUCAGAGUCAAGAUGAUAUUAUUCCCAAUAAAGAAAGAGAAAAUAAUACACAGACAAUUAUUCGUAAAGGAACUCCUAUUAUCAUUCGUACAAGGCCGCCUAACAUUCCAAGUGAUUCAAAUUCUGAAAAUAUAUUUCAUAUUCCAAUAUAUUAUGAAAGUCAUCACUUGAAUCCAAAAAAAUUCUGGUCAUGGAAAAAACCUAUUCCAUUUCAGAAUGUUGAAAAUAAUGUGAACUUUGAUGAUUUAUUUAUAGAUCAAAAAGAUUAUGAGAUCUCUGUUAGAACAAAAUUUACACAAUGUACUUUAUUAUUUAUUUUAUUCAUUCAAUUUAUUAUUUUAUUACGCAAUGAGAUAUAUAGCCUUGCUAUAGUGGUUUUAAUCGUAAUUUGGCUCAUUCUAUUCUAUUUUGUAGUUCAUAGCUGUUUCGAAGUUAAAAAUUCUUUGAUCAGUUAAUACUUUUAAAAUAUUUAUUAUUAUCUAAUUAAAUAGUCUACAAUCAUAAUGUAUAGAUUUCUGUGGUUUGGCCAUUACUAAUUAAAGUUG